AUGCCGCUUCGGGGAGGCUCUCGCUCCUUGCGGGUCCUUGCUGCAUUUGCCCCGCUCCUUUGGCUCGUGCGGCUCCAGACCUCGCCAGCGUUCUCUCCGCUGCUCGCGCGCCGCAGCGUUGUCAAGUACGACCUCUCGAAGCAGGUGCCGGCCGAGGUGACCGCGCAGGCUCUCGAAGCCGCUAUCAUGGCUCCGAACCACUUCCUGUCGGAGCCGUGGCGGUUCUACAGCUGUGGUCCCGAGACGAGGGGGAAGCUGUGCGGCCUGAACGAGGAGAAGCGCAAGGCAGCCGAGGGUGUGCCCGAGAUGUUGGUCGCCACCGUCGCGUCGGAGCACCCGCUCUCCGAGAAGCUCGGCCUGGAGGACCACGCCGCCGUCGCGUGCGCCGUCCAGAAUUUCAUGCUCUCGCUGGCCAGCAACGGCGUCGGCUCGAAGUGGAUGACGGGCGCCCUCGGCGCCGCCCCCGAGGACGUGCUGGCUGCCGUGGGCGCAGGCUCGGGCGAGAAGCUGAUGGGCGUGAUCUGGUACGGCUUCCCAGCCAAGCCGCUCAGCGAGGACAACAAGGCGCCACCGCGCAAGAGGGGCCUCGCUGGCGUGCUGACGAGUCUGCCGUGA